CGAUUCCUCCCGCUGCUUUUCCAGGAAAGUGGGAACUCGGAGGUGAUCCUGAUGAUCCUGGAUCUGGCCAGCCUGAACUCCGUGCGAGCUUUUGCGCAGACCUUCUUAGCCUCGGAGCCCCGCCUGGACAUCCUCAUCAACAACGCAGGGGUCUUUACGACUGGCCAAACCGCCGAUGGCUUUGACCAGGCCUUCCAGGUCAACCACUUGGGCCACUUCCUGCUGACCCACCUGCUCCUGGACCGGCUGAAGCGCUGCGCCCCGAGCCGGAUCGUAAUUCUGUCCUCGAAUGUGCAUUUCUUGGGGAAGAUCGACUUUCGGACCAUCCACAAGCCGGGAAAGGGGUUAUGGGAGAUGCUAACAUCCUACAACAGCAGCAAACUAGCCAACAUGCUGCACGCCAGAGAGUUGGCCAAGCGGCUGGAAGGAACCAACGUCACCUGCUACGCGGUUCACCCAGGAUCUGUUAGAACCGAACUUGGUCGCUCUUUUCCACGAUGGGUAUUUCGGGUGUUUGGGUUCAUGAAGACAUCAAGAGACCAUCAGUAA